AUCAGGUAAAGAACUCAAUUGUCUGUAAACAUUAACCCUGUGUGACGGUGAUCAGUGACACCUAUGACAUGGCUACAUCAGAAGCAAAAAAUGAGAGGCGGCGGCGGACAGAGCUGCUGCAGUUUUAUGGCGGGGUAUCAAAAGAAGACACUCCAUAUAACAUUAAUUCCAAGCACUUCAACCAUGACAUGUAUGUCCAGAAGACCAUAAAGGAGAGCAGUUUAAAGCAGCUGCUGGAACAUGAGGCACAGAUGGUGUCAGAGAUACAAACCCUAGACUCAGAUUGUCAGACGCUGGUGUACGACCAUUAUGACAAGUUCAUCGCCGCUGCUGACAUUGUUCGCAAGAUGAAAGAGGGGUCAGUCAAGAUGGAGGCUCAGAUCACUCGCCUUCAGGAAAACAUGGGAAGAAUCACAGCCUCAUCCACUAGUAUCACCUCAGCUCUUCAGGAGCGUCGAGGUCACCUGAGCCGGCUGCUGGGUGUUCACGGUACACUGAGGAAGCUGGAGUUUCUCUUUCAUCUGCCUCAGAAAAUUGAUGAAUGCAUUGCUGAUAAAAACUUUACUGAAGGUGUUCGUAGCUAUGUUGAAACUGCUGAAGUCCUCCAUCGGUACCGCCACAUGCCAUCUUUCAAUGCCAUCCAUGACGACUGUGAAGCUGCUGUUGGUCGCCUCAAUCUGGCCCUUAAGGAACAGCUUGCCCUUAAAGAGGGAAGUGCUCGUCAUUUGACUGAGUGUGUGGAUCUACUUCUUCAACUUGGUGAGCCAGCUGAGGGACUGUGUGAUGACUUCUUGGCCCAUGCACGCACUAAGCUGGAGGAUGAUCUGUCUAACCUCACCAAACUGGCUGAAGCUGCUGUAAUAUUAGAGGAGGAUGAAGCACUCAGUCAAGGUGCUGGUGAGGAAACUACUGGGCCUGACCAUACUAAAGAACAACCUUCACAGGAAGAGACGGGAGAGGAAGCUAAACUUGAAUGCACAACCGUGGACAUUCUAGAGUUUGUGGACAUCUGCCAUGAAACCUUCGUGGGGAACCUGUGGUUGGUCAUCUCUUCAUACAAGGAAAUGUUUCUCAGAAGCCCAGAGGAGGGAGGGAGCAGGUCCUCCAGUGUUGCUCUGGAGAAACUACGGGUGUUUGUGGCAGGGCUGGUCGAGCAGUACGUGGCUGUGGUGGGGGUGCGGGUAACUGCCGAGCCCGACACUGCACAUUAUGCUCCCCUCACCACCGCCCUUGAUAAGUUUCACCGACGUCUUCAUGCCAUCACGCAACUCCUGCCAAACACAAACUUUGGGGAUGCAGCUCUGAGUCUUGUGAUUGAAGCUGGGCUGGCAAGAUGUCAGUCAUCAUUGUCUGCUCUCAAAGUUGAAUUAGCAUUUAGUCUGGGGGAUGUACGUCAUGCUCUGGCUGCCCCUAGACAUUUGACUCAAGAUGGCACUGAGUCAACACACCGUCAACUAAACGAACACCUCACACGUCUCGUUGCUGCCACUGCCGCUUCCAUCAAAGAGCGCGUCACAGCUUUACAGGCCUUCACACAGCCCAAGCAUACAUUUGCCGUGCGUGCCGAGUUUCGCCGUCGGUUUUGUCGUGAGCUGGUGCGAGAGGGAGUUGUAGUUGCCUUCUUCUUACACAUCACAGACACCAUGUUACAGUUUUGUCACAAGAAGGACAAAGAUCCAGUUCUACUGCUGCUCCUCUCUCGAAUGUGUCUUGACCUCCACACCUCCACUGUUCAUUACCUGCUAAGUCACUGUGAUGAGCAGCUGCAGUUAGAGGACAAGACAGGCCUGACACAGCUGCACACCAUCACAGAUGGAAUGAGAGAGGCAGGACAGAAACUCCUGAAUCAUUAUGUGCACACCCAGGGUGCCUCCAUCAGUCAGAUGUUACGUCGUAGUGUAGAGCUGAAGGAUUGGCUAGGUUGUGGGGAGCCUCGCAGCGUACGCAGGGUUAUGAGAACCGUUCUGGAUGAAAUCUGUACCAUGGACACUCAGGUUGGGGCACUUUAUGAAGAAGGAAAUCGUAGAGACAGAUCUUCAGAUUCCUCUCGCCGUACCUUCCACAGUGUUGGUGCAUCCCGGGGAGGAGCUGGUGGUCGUUCAGCUUGGUCAUCUUACACCCCAAGCCAGCUGGACAAUAGCUUGGUUGCAAACCUCAACAAACUCUGGUCUGAGCGCAUUGAAAUAUUUGCUCCUGUAGAAUUCACCAGGGUCUCAAUUUUAACUGGAAUUGUCAAAAUCAGUCUUAAGACUCUGCUUGAGAGUGUGCGACUACGAACCUUCAGCAGGUUUGGCCUACAGCAAGUCCAGGUGGAUGCCCACUACCUGCGGACGUAUCUCUGGUCCUAUGUGGCCGACGAACACGUUUUAAACGUCUUGCUGGAUGAAGUUGUGACAUCAGCAAGUGUGCGGUGUUGUGACCCAGAGUUAAUGGAACAAAGAGUGGUGGAAUUCAUCUGUGAUCAGAGUUGAUUACAUCAGCCAGUGUCAGAUUUGGUCACUAUGAAAGUUACUGGGCUUAAGUUGAACAAAUACGGUAUAGCAUUCUAUUUUAGCACAUUGUCCUCCAUAUAAUUUAUCCUUUUUCUUGUUAUCUAUUACAACUAAAAGAAGUAUUAAUAAAUAUAUCGGCAAAA